UACUCAAGUUUCUGUUUAUAAACUAUAGAAAAGUUAGAUUGGCUCACACGGUCACUUCAUUGCUAACGAGGAAUCGAAACGAACAUGAAGUAUAUCGGGGUAAUAGUAGUGGUAUUUUUGAAAAUUCUUUGUUCUGAAAGUAGAAUGCUGCCGAUCAACUAUGUGACCAUCGAUCCUAAUCUUUAUGAGCCUACGUCAGUCCGGGUGCGCCCUCAAUCUCCUGAGAGUGAAGAGAACCCGCAUGAAAAAGUGAUUGGACUGCGGGAGCCAUACGAAGAACGUGAUUCUGAAGAAUAUUUCGACUAUGACAGACCACAAAGCACUGAUACUACCAGCAAGCCGUGUGCUGUCGUGGUCUUAUCCAACAUGCAGAACCCAAAUAUGCAGUCGCUGUUACGCAAAUAUAGAUAUGACGCAAAUGGUGUGCUGAUACCGAGCAGUGUGAAAUACUUCAUUAAGUUGCCCCAAGGUCUUCGAGCGUCGCCUGUCCUCGUGCCUUUGAACGACAAGGCUUUUUCACCUUUAGGCGGAUUUGUGAGAUACUACAAAGAAGUUCCACCAAUUCCCCAUGCUUGGUGAAAAACAUGUCAUCCGGAUAUCCAAAGCCAUACAACGACCGCCAUAAAAUAUAAAUGUAAUCAAUGCUUAGUUUACUCCUUUAUUAAUUUAUGUUAUAAUGAAAUAUAAUCAAGUUUAGUCUGGUGAAA